GUCCAUAUUCACUUGUUCGCUCGACUCUUAUUCAGUUCACCAUGACCAGCGAGCAGCAGCAGAAGACGCUGCUGGAGCCGUACACGUACUUGACAUCGGUGCCUGGCAAGGAAGUCCGCACCAUCCUGAUCCGCGCAUUCGACCAGUGGAUGCACAUCCCGACCAAGGAGCUCGACGAGAUCAAGGGCAUUGUGCAGAUGCUGCACUCGGCCAGCCUGCUAAUCGAUGAUAUUGAGGACAACUCCAAGCUGCGUCGUGGCGUCCCAGUUGCUCAUCUGAUUUAUGGCGUGCCGUCGACCAUCAAUUGCGCCAACUAUGCGUACUUUCUUGCCUUGGAACGCGUUCUCAAGCUGAACAAGCCUGAAGCUGUCGCUGCGUUCACUGAGGAAUUGCUCGAGCUUCACCGCGGUCAAGGGCUGGAUAUUUGGUGGCGAGACUCAAACGUCUGCCCGACUGAAGAAGAGUACCGCGAGAUGGUCAAGCGAAAAACCGGAGGCCUCUUCCGCUUGUCAGUCCGCCUCAUGCAAGCCUUCAGUGAAAACCGAUCCAACUUUGUGCCACUGCUUGACGCUCUGGGCCUCUACUUUCAAAUUCGUGAUGAUUUCGCGAAUCUCGAGUCCAAAGAGUACACGGACAACAAGAGCUUCUGCGAGGACCUCACCGAGGGCAAAUUCUCGUUUCCGAUCAUUCACAGCAUCCUGAGCGCUCCUUCGCAGAGGCAACUUCUCAACAUUCUCAAGCAACGAACUACCGACAUUGACAUGAAAAAGUUCUGCCUUGAAACGAUGCGCAAGACUGGCUCGUUCGAGUACACGAUCAAGGUGCUGAAUGAGCUCGAACAGGAGGCGCUGAGCGAAAUUGCAAAACUUGGCGGAAACCAAAUGCUGACCGACUUGAUCGCCGAGCUCCGAAAGGUGUACUCGACCGAGCAGCACAACCCUCCCCCGAGCCCGAUGCCACAGUUGGCGCAAACCAAGCCUUUUUAACAAUGUGCGUUUCCCAGUCUUGCCAACAACAUUGUCUGCAAAUGUACACUACAAGUGGUUUUUUGCUUGUUUUUUUGCUUCUGCCAACCAACAUGAAGAACCUCAAACCUCCUCAGA